AUCGAAAGGCACACUCACAGAAUUUAUUGCUGCAAAAUCGGCUGUAAGGGAGGUGUUUUGUUAACCGCAUCGCAAUGCGGAAAGAUACUGGUAUAUGAUGGGCUGGGAAAGAGGUUACAGAAAUCUAUUGUUUGCCGAUCGCUCGGUUGGAGUGUUCUGGACAUGGACAUUUCCCGGGAUGAAAGGUUUUGUGCAUACUCUUCGUGGACCCACAAUGUCCAGCUGUGCAAACUGGCCGACAGCUCUCAUGAAGAGAUGUGUCUGGAUUUGGGUUUCCACGCAGGAAUCUUUCAAGUGCACUUCAAUCAUGUAACAAGUCACUUACUUGCAGCGGUGAAUCAUGGAUACAUUGUCUAUCAGGACAUCGAGACUAAGAAGAAAUUGCUACACAUUCGAGCCCACGUUGAGGAUGUCAACUCAACAUGCUUCGUCGAUGCACAGUCUGACAACUUGAUAGCCUCAGCAGCUGAUGACAACUUCAUUCGCAUCUGGGACAGGAGGGUCAAUGGCGGAUGCUCUGAGAGAGACAAGCCUGUGCCAGUCGCUUGCCUCCAAGGGCACCUUAGUGGGAUCACCUGUAUCAAUUCAAAGGGAGACGGGAACUGGCUGCUCUCAAACGGCAAGGAAGGCAACAUGUUGCUCUGGGAUCUCAGGAAGUACGGUGGCAGCAGCGGCUGCUCCCGCUACCCGCUUGUCUGCUGCUUCACAGGCCAUGAGGUGAAGACGACGCUGAUUCGAUGCGGCUUCUCGUCCGAGGAGGGCACGGGGCAGAGGUUCGUCUACAGCGGCUCAUCAGAUGGCUCCACGUUCAUCUGGGACGUUGAAAGUGGCAACCGUGUUGCCAUCCUUCCCGGUCAUCGCGAACUCGUCCGUGAGUGCUCCUGGCACCCGUUCCUUCCUCAGUUGGUCACGUCAAGCUGGGAUGGAACGGUUGCUGUGUGGGAACCUUAA